GGCACUGUGUAGAUCUGCGGUGAGCCAUUGCCCAUAGGCAGAUAUGGUGAUCUCCACCGGCGUGGAAGGCUUGCCCACAGCCCUGCCGGCGGCCCUGCCGGCGGCCCUGCCCACGGCCCUGCCGGGGCUUCCCGGGCUGCCGGAAGUUCCAGGCCUGGAGACGUCCACGAGUCUUUCAUCGUUCAACACGACCGAGCCAUUGGAACAGAUCACAGUGGUGACAUGUUCCAAUUUGGGCAUCGCCUACAAUCGCAUGACCAAAUCACAGGCAGGCGGUUUUCUGACGUCGAUGGCCAUGAAUGUUCUGUCCCUUCUAGGGGCGCUGCUGGGGAUCUACCUCAUCUCUCGCACCAAGCGGGGUCAUCGCGUGUUGGUGCCAAAGAAAAAAGAGAGCGAAGGUACCAUAGGACUUCCCCACGAGUGGUUUCGUGACGCCUACCGGAUCCAGUUCGACGACAUGGACGAGAUCAGCAUCGAUGGGCAGGUGGUCAUUCGACUGUGCUUGUUGGGCCUGAAGUUUUCCGCCUUUGGCACGCUGAUUGCGUGUGUUCUGAUUCCGGUCUAUGCCAGCACCAGCGAGACUGAAGACGGCAUUCUGAGAUUCUCUAUGACCAAUGUGCAUCCGGACUCGGAGGACUACGUCUUUUGGCUCAUCGUGGUGGGCGCAUAUCUUCUGAUCUUCAACUUUUUCUGGCUGAUCCGCGCCGAGUGGCGUCACUUCAUCAAGCUGCGACAGACGCACUUCCUGCGACGGGCCUUGGGAAAGAACGGCCUGGCCUCGGCGCAGGCGCAGUUUUCGCUGAUGGUCGAGAAACUCCCGUCCAAAUAUCAGGACUCGCGCAGCGUCCUGUCCUUGUUCUCGCAGAUCUUCCCUCGGCAGGUCUUCUCGGCGGUGUCUCAGCGCGACACGCUCCUCUUCUACCACCUGAGGGCGUUGAAGAAGACCAGUGACACCAUUGUGGUGUGCAAGUGCUGCCAGGGCUGUGUUCAUCGUCAGCUGGAAAAGACGGUACAAUUUGAACGAAAGGUGGCACAGAGAUACAGGCAAGCUGGAAAGUACGUGCAGGACUUUGCGAUGGAUGGACAGGUGCUCGAAUUGCGUGAUGAUUUGGUCUCCCAGCUUGGAAUCCAACAGGUGAACCAAUUCUUCACCUUCACACAUCUGGGCGAAGCCAAUGGGCAGAAUGGGCAGACUUCGCAGAGCGACGCUGCUGAGCCUGCUGCGGCGAGCGGCUGGCACCGCCCCGUGCUACGGCGCUCCAUGCCGCUCCACGCGGAGGCCGAGUGCGCGCCGACCUCCACGGCCUUUGUGACGCUGCGGCAGCUCUCGGACCGGGUCAUGGCAGAGCAAAUUCCUCUCUUCGAUGCUGGGGGAGAGUCAGAUGGUGUGGAGAAGAUCGUGGUGAAACCUGCGCCCGAGGCGGAGGCCAUCAUCUGGGAGAAUGUGCAGCUUCCGCUGGACUCCAUCCUGCAGCGCCGCUUCAUCGGCCGCGCCAUCUGCGUGGUGGGGCUGCUGUUCUGGUCCAUCCCCAUGACCUCCAUUCAGGCCCUUGCUUCCAAAAAUGUGCUGAAUCACUUGCUACCCAAUGGCUGGUUAGACUGGAUGGAAGACAAUCUCCACAUCGUGUAUUCAUUGCUGGUACUGUAUCUUCCUACGGUCGCGCUGCUAGCUGUCUUGGUGCUGCUACCGAUGGCGUUGCAAAUGAUCGCGGUCUUUGUGGAGGCCCGGAAAUCUCAGACGGAAGUCGCUAUCUCUGUGAUGCAUAGGAACUUCUGGUUCCAGUUCUUCUCCUUGUGGCUCAUGGUCUUCACCAGCUCCUUGUUGCACUCCUUCCUGCAGAUCAUGGACCAUCCCAGAUGUAUCUCUGCGAUUUUGGGGGACUCCAUCCCCAAGGUCUCUGUGUACUUUACAUCGUUCGUGAUCACGAGGAUAGGCAUCAGUUUGCCCCUACUGCUACUUCGACCCGAAAGCCUUUACUCGCUGUUCUUUUGGAAAUCCACAAGUGGCAAAGACAGUCAAAGCACUGAGACGGACUCCGACAGCAACAGCGAGGAGCUUGGGGAGGAGGCGGAGGCCGAGGCCGAGCCGGAGACGAAUCCGGUCUACUGCUACUUCGCUUCCGAAGUGACGAAUAUCAACAUUGUGUUCGUAUUGGCGCUGAUGUACUGCGUGGUGGCACCUAUCAUGAUGCCGGCUUGUUUCCUGUACUUCGCCCUGGCGUUCUUCGUCUACAAAUGGCUCUUCGUCCACGUCUACACCAAGCAAUACGACCUCAUGGGUGAAACGUGGUACGCCUGCUUCUGGGGCCUCAUCGUUGGUGCGGGCUUCGGCACCAUCUCUUUGGCCGGCCUGGCAGCCAUUCAGAAGGGCUCCAAAUCGCCCGAAUGCAUCGCGCUAUGGGUCUUGACCUUCGCGAUCAUGGUCUUUGCAUUUCACUGCCAAAAGACCUUCAUGCCCUUCUGCAGCGUGCUGCCCUACCGCGCCGCCGUGCUGGCGGACGAGACGGCCUCCGCGGAGGUGGUCCAUGGUUUCGCCAGUGAUUAUUAUCGGGAUCCCAUUUUGAGCGAAAUGACGGAGAAGGAGACCAGAGAAAUCUUAACGCCUAUGAGCGACAGUGAGUCGGAAGUGCCAUGUGCUACUAGCCCCUAGGGUAAAAAGGAGCCUCGAAUGGAGUCGCUGUGCAGACAUAUUUG